AUGCCACCAAGUGACGAUAUCUCAAAAUCUAAAUAUGGUACUGGUGUCCAUAAACCAAGGAAGAAAGAAUUUAAGGGUAAAAGAGCUGUUAGGGCUUGUGAUACUUGUAGAAGAUUGAAGACUAGAUGUAUACUUUCCCCCAUCCCAAAUGAAUUCUAUUGUCUGAGAUGUGAAUCACUUAAAAUUCACUGUUCAUUUCAAGACAUGUUUGGUAGACCUGAGUCUAAAGCUGAUGAACCUGAGGGUUCUGAUCCAGAAACUUUAAAGAUGUUGAUUAAACAUGGUUAUGGUACAAAGGAUGCAGAAAUUACAUCUAAAUUGUUGCAUACUAUUAAUAACAACGUCCAUAGAGUUUUGCAACUCUUGGAAGGAUCUUCCAACGAUAAAUCCGUAUCUGCUCCUCCAGCUGCAAGCGCAUCGGUACCACACUCUUUGCCCAAAGUCAACCUAGAUGUGUUGGAUUCCAAUAGAAUAAUAACCCCAAAUACGAGAAGUAUGGAAGAUGUAUCACCGGAUUUAUCGUCAUCUCUACAAUCUACUGAACGUCGUCACGUAUUGCCCUAUUUGAGCAGUCCCUACGUUUUAUUAUCACAAAUGGUGUCCAAGGAAAACUUACCCAUACCAGUGAGGAAAAUUUAUGAUAACGUAGGAAGACCACCUGCUGUUGAUGACUUGGUUACAAUAAAACUUAUUACUUUAUCCGAGGCACUGAUUCUUGUGGAUGCGUUCAGACAACACUAUGGUGCUUGGUGUUCAUUCCCAGCCGAUCAGCCCAUUGAAGAAUUAGUGGAGAAUAUUAGGUCAAAGGAUGGAUCACUUCUGCUUACUACAACAUGCGUAUUGGCACUUCGAUACACAGAUAGAUAUCACGAUUUGAAGACAAGGGUAUACAAAAACCUUUUGUACAAAUUGAAAUCUGAUUUGGAACUUUCAUUAAAAUUCAUGCCUCAAACAACUGAAUUUUUACAAGCCAUUGUAAUUCUUUCACUUUACGCCUCAAGCUUUAGUAGUGAUAUUAUGUCAUUGGAUGCGUGGUAUCUAUCCGGUAUAGGACUACAGCAGUAUAUUACAAGGAAUAUUCAAGCAUCAUUGCAAACAGCUUUGGGUCAAGGAAAUUCUUUUGAAGAUGAAUCCUCCGAGAUUAGGGAAUUUACAUCUCUUCGGAUAUGGAACCAUUUAUGCCUUGUGCAUUUAACACAUUGUGUAUUUUCUGGUAGAAUGUGUGUUGUGGACGAAAUUAGACUAGAUUUAUGUCGUCGAGUCCUGCAGUUGCCCAAGGCUACUAAUUUUGAUGGUAGAAUGGUGGGUGAGAUUGCUCUUGAGUUGAUUCUUUACAAUUUUAUGCAACAAUGCCAAUCAGCUGGGAGUACAGUACCAGGAGAUCCAACAAAUAAUUUGGAAGAUGUUAAAGAAGAUUUGAAAGAUUGGUUAGAAGAGUGGAACUAUCUUUUCACUCAACCAAUUACUCAAUUCUUGAAAUUUGCCUAUCACUACGGAUAUUCGAUGAUUAUCUAUUCGUGGUAUCAUCGUCUUUACUAUAUGGUUGCCGAAGAAGUUGUGAUUCCACAAGGCAAGAUUGAUUAUCUUCAAGCAGAUGAUAAGACGUUAAUUGGAAGCUGUUUAAACGAAUUUUACCCAGUGGGAAGAAUUAUAGACAGUAUGCCACCAGAAAGUCAAUUAGAAAUGCUUGUACAUAGCCAUAGGGCAUUACAGGAAGUGGUGAGGACUGAAUUUGAUAUUUUCAAAUACUUAUCUGAUCAAAUAUUUUUUUGCACUGUGCUAUCAUCAUUGGUGUGCAUUGAAAUAUCAGAUAGCUUGCAUAAGACGAGCAAAGACCUUUUAAACGACGAUAAGGUAAGUGAAAUUUUAAUGGACAUCAAAAUAUUUUCACUACGUUUACAAAAGAUUAGAGAAGGUGAACUGAGAAGCUUCUGGGUUGAAGAAGUUGAUUUAAAGAUACCCAGUGUUAUCUUGCAAUAUCAUAAAGCUAUUGAGAACUGUCUACAUUCCAAAUUCCCGAAUUUCGAAAACCCAACAUUAUAA